AUGGAUACAGACUCAUCCGCGGAUCGCAAUGUAGAAAUCUGGAAGAUAAAAAAGUUAAUCAAAAGCUUGGAGUUAGCUCGAGGUAACGGUACCAGCAUGAUUUCUCUAAUAAUUCCUCCUAAAGACCAAAUAUCGCGAAUUGCGAAGAUGUUGGCUGACGAAUACGGCACCGCUUCAAAUAUUAAAAGCCGGGUUAACAGGCUAUCAGUUUUAGGGGCUAUUACGUCAGUUCAACAGCGCCUGAAACUUUAUAGUAAGGUUCCUACGAAUGGCUUAGUAGUCUAUUGCGGAACCAUUAUUACUGAGGAGGGUAAAGAAAAGAAGGUUAACAUCGAUUUUGAGCCGUUCAAGCCCAUUAAUACUUCGUUAUAUUUGUGUGAUAACAAGUUUCAUACGGAGGCGUUAAGCGCCCUUUUAGCUGAUGAUAAUAAGUUUGGGUUCAUUGUUAUGGACGGUAAUGGUGCUUUGUUCGGAAAUCUCUCUGGUAACACUCGUGAAGUGCUUCAUAAAUUUACGGUCGACCUACCCAAAAAGCAUGGCCGCGGAGGGCAAUCUGCUCUUCGUUUUGCGCGCUUGCGAUUAGAAAAGCGGCACAACUAUGUUCGUAAAGUAGCGGAAACAGCAACCCAGCUAUUUCUUACUAACGAUAAGCCAAACAUUACAGGACUAAUCCUGGCAGGCUCAGCUGAUUUUAAGACCGAAUUAAGUCAGUCGGACAUGUUUGACCAGAGGUUACAAAUGAAAGUGUUAAAGUUGGUUGACGUCUCAUAUGGCGGUGAAAAUGGUUUUAACCAGGCUAUUGAAUUAUCUGCGGAAGUGUUAUCAAAUGUCAAAUUCAUUCAAGAAAAGAAAUUAAUCAGUCGUUACUUUGAUGAAAUUUCACAGGAUACGGGAAAAUACUGCUUUGGCGUUCAGGAAACACUAAAGGCCCUUGAGAUGGGUUCCGUACAUGUACUGAUUGUAUGGGAGAAUCUAGAAAUUUAUCGCUAUGUACUGAAGGAUCACAGCAAUGACGAGGAGAAAGUUCUUAAUUUAACUACGGAACAAGAAAGAAAUAUGACAUUUUUUGUAAAUAAAGACACUGGAGUUGAGAUGGAAGUUGUAGAAAGAAUAAGUCUUUUGGAUUGGCUGGCCAACAAGUAUAAAUCUUUUGGUACAACCCUAGAGAUAGUUUCUAAUCGAUCUCAAGAGGGUUCACAAUUUUGCCGCGGAUUUGGUGGAAUUGGAGGAAUUUUGCGUUAUAAAGUCGAUUUUCAAAACCUCGAAUACGAUUCAGACAAUGUUGAUGACGAUGACGAUGACUUCUGA